AACACCGACGUCAAUCAAGGGUAUCCAGUCCAAGCCAGUCGAAUCCAACGGCACUUUAGAACUCCCUCUUAAAUGAAAAACGAAAAAACAGAUAGCUCAUUGAUGGUAAUUUAUUCCUCUCCCUCUUUCUCCUCACUCAGUCACCAUGCCUAAAUACCUCUAACAUUUUCUUUACGUGAAGCAAUCAAUAUGUCUCCUUACGACGCCGCUUUUGUCAACAUUGAGCUCUCCAAGCCUACAUCCAUCUUCGGUCUUCGCCUCUGGGUGGUUAUCGGAAUCUUAUUAGGUUCUUUUAUAGUUCUCUCUCUUUUUCUCCUUUCUCUAUGUAUAACCUCUCGUCGGAAAAGGCACAACCAUCAUCAGAAACAACAGUUACCCGAUAAAAUAACUAUUAAAACACCUAUUUCUAAAGAAAUUCAUGAAAUCGUUCACCAGCCGCCUCCAGUGCCCGAGAUUCAGGUUGACAUUGGCAAGAUCGAGCACCGGGUGGUGUUCUCUGAUAAAGCGUCUAGUAGUGAUAGUAGAGGGGCGGGAAGUGGCUGCGAUACUACGUCUUCUGGAAGCGUGAGUGUGGGACCGGAAGUUUCACAUCUUGGGUGGGGUCGGUGGUAUACUUUAAGAGAACUUGAAGCGGCGACAAAGGGUUUUUGUGAAGAGAAUGUGAUUGGUGAAGGGGGUUAUGGGAUUGUGUACAGUGGAAUUUUGAGUGAUGGCACCAGGGUUGCUGUCAAGAAUUUGUUAAAUAACAGGGGUCAAGCUGAGAAGGAAUUUAAAGUUGAGGUGGAAGCAAUUGGGCGUGCUCGACACAAGAAUCUAGUUAGAUUGCUUGGAUACUGUGUUGAGGGUGCACACAGGAUGCUUGUUUAUGAGUAUGUUGAUAAUGGCAAUCUGGACCAGUGGCUUCAUGGGGAUGUUGGUGACGUCAGCCCACUAACUUGGGAGAUUCGUAUGAACAUCAUAUUGGGGACAGCCAAAGGAUUGGCCUACCUUCAUGAGGGUCUGGAACCAAAGGUUGUUCAUCGAGAUGUAAAAUCUAGUAACAUACUACUCGAUCAGCAAUGGAACUCUAAGGUGUCCGAUUUUGGGCUUGCUAAGCUUCUAUGUUCUGAGAGGAGUUACAUAACAACUCGCGUAAUGGGAACAUUUGGUUACGUUGCGCCAGAAUAUGCAUGCACUGGGAUGCUGAAUGAAAAGAGUGAUGUUUAUAGCUUUGGUAUACUUAUUAUGGAGAUAAUUUCUGGAAGAAAUCCUGUUGAUUACAGUCGACCUCAAGGAGAGGUUAAUUUGAUUGAUUGGUUAAAAACAAUGGUUGGGGAUCGAAAAUCUGAAGAAGUAGUUGAUCCUAAGCUGCCUGAAAUGCCCGCUUCAAAAGUACUCAAACGUGUUCUGUUGGUUGCUGUAAGAUGUGUUGAUCCUGACGCAACAAAGAGGCCUAAAAUGGGGCAUGUGAUUCACAUGCUUGAGGCAGACGACUUGUUUGUUCGUGAUGAACGUCGAAUUGGAAGAGACUCUUCUCAUUCACAUAGUGAAGAGAAUCGUGGUAUUGUAAAAUUAGGUGACAAACAACAUUUAAGUGAAGGGGAUUCUGAUACAAGUGAAGGCGAAACUGUUAGGAAGCAUCAUAAUCCUACCAAGUGGAGAUAGUGCUUUCAGUGAAGUAGGUGUUAGUUUUAUAAGCUUCUUCUUCCUCAAUUAGUUUUCUUGAAUUCUUGUAGUGCCUUCAAUUCUAAGAAACCAAUAAUUUGCUAGUUAUUUUGCAUAAAUUCUAUUUCAAAUAUACAUUCUUCAAAUUGGGAUAGAUUUGUAUAAUUGAAUCAACUUAUUCAUCAUUCUGAUGGGAAGUGUAAUUAAUUGUUAUAUUAUGAAGUUUCAUAUAUAAACUGGUAUUAAGUCACUGUACUGGAUGGUU